GGGCGGCGCAGUGCGCAGGCGCGAGCGUUUGGGUCUCGCCGCGCGCUGCCCUCGGUUGAAGCGGGAUUGAGUUCCUGGGCGCGGAGACCCGGCAGCGGGCGACCGAGAGAGUGGGUGACUGAGCGCCUCCCCUGCCGUCAUGGCAGCCCUGCGCUACGCUGGCUUGGACGACACGGACAGCGAGGACGAGCUGCCCCCGGGCUGGGAGCAGAGAACCACCAAGGACGGCUGGGUUUACUAUGCCAAUCAUGCUGAGGAGAAGACCCAGUGGGAACAUCCGAAAACCGGAAAAAGAAAACGAAUAGCAGGAGAUUUGCCAUAUGGAUGGGAACAAGAAACCGAUGAGAACGGACAAGUUUUUUUUGUCGAUCAUAUAAAUAAAAGAACCACUUAUUUGGACCCGAGACUGGCAUUUACGGUGGAUGAUAACCCUACGAAGCCGACCAGCAGGCAGAGAUAUGACAGCAGUACCACCGCCAUGGAGAUCCUGCAGGGCCGGGACUUCACCGGCAAAGUGGUCGUGGUUACCGGAGCUAAUUCAGGAGUAGGGUUUGAAACUGCCAAGUCUUUUGCCCUCCAUGGUGCACACGUGAUCCUUGCCUGUAGGAAUGUGACAAGGGCCAAUGAAGCUGUGUCACAGAUUUUAGGAGAAUGGCACAAAGCCAAGGUAGAAGCAAUGACCCUGGACCUCGCUCUGCUCCGUAGCGUGCAACAUUUUGCUCAAGCAUUCAAGGCCAAGAAUCUAUCUCUUCACGUGCUUGUGUGCAAUGCAGCGGCUUUUGCACUUCCCUGGAGCCUCACCAAAGAUGGCCUGGAGACCACCUUCCAGGUGAAUCACCUGGGGCACUUCUACCUUGUCCAGCUCCUUCAGGAUGUCCUGUGCCGCUCAGCUCCUGCCCGAGUAGUUGUGGUCUCGUCCGAGUCCCAUAGAUUCACAGAUAUUAAUGAUUCCUCGGGAAAACUGGACUUCAGCUGCCUUUCUCCUUCUAAAAAUGACUAUUGGGCCAUGCUGGCUUACAACCGGUCCAAGCUCUGCAACAUUCUCUUCUCCAACGAGCUCCAUCGCCGCCUGUCCCCCCGUGGGGUCACGUCCAACGCCGUGCAUCCUGGAAACAUGAUGUACUCCUCCAUUCAUCGCAACUGGUGGGUGUAUACGCUGCUGUUUACCUUGGCCCGGCCUUUCACCAAGUCCAUGCAACAAGGAGCUGCCACCACCGUCUACUGUGCUGCUGCUCCAGAGCUCGAGGGCCUGGGAGGGAUGUACUUCAACAAUUGCUGCCGAUGCUUGCCGUCCCCGGAAGCUCAGAGCGAAGAGACGGCCCGCGCCCUGUGGGCACUCAGCGAGCGCUUAGUCCAGGAAGGACCGGGCAGCCCGUCCGGCUAA